UUAUGUUUUCAAUGCAAAAACUGUAAAAUUAGAGAAAAGUUUAAUAGAAGCAUUAUAGACAUUACUACAUUAUAUGCAAAUACUUAUUUACAUUCUAACACAUCAAAAAGUAAAUAUUGCCUAACAAGAUCUGUUUAACAUAUAUAUAUUUCUCAUUAUAACAUUAUAAGAGUAAUUGCAUAGAGACAGGUGUGUUUGGGUUUGAUAUUUAUUGAGGGCUUGUUCUUUGUUUGUUGUAUUUCCUUUGUGCUUUGCUCAUGACGACGCAAUCCCGAAAAGCAUAAAGAGAUGAAUAAUCCUUUAUGCAAGCCAAAAAAUUAAACCAACUGCCUAUAAGAAAUUGUCAAAAGCACACUCAUCCAUUUUGAAAUCAAGCUAUUUGAUGUUGCAGGGGAAAAAAACAAGAAAAGAAGAACCAGUAAGGAUCAAGUGUGUUUUGUUUUAACCCACAAUAGAUUUAAUUUCCCCCUGGCUAAUGUGUUUUCACACCUAAUUGAACACAAUAGCUUAAGAGAGAUAAAACAAACGGCAUCGGUGCACACAAUUCAUGGCAUUCUCACAUUACUGUAAUGCCAAAACAGUGAUCUGAAGGACAAUUAAUAAUGAAUGGUGUUGGGUUGGAAACGCUGGGAAUCAUUUCCUGGAGUGAUUCUUUUGUUCCGAGAUUGUUCUAGCCUUCAGGAGCAGCUGUUGCUAAGACACCUAUUUCCUAGGUAACAAGCAGUUGUUUACAUUGGCCUGGCUAGUUUGGUGAGCGUUGAGUUAGCAUGCUCCAAAAAAAAGUCCUUUAAGUAACGUUACUCUGAAUAAACAAUGAUAGGCUGCCAUACCAUACAAACACCGGUUUAGUUGUUCAAAGGAGACGGGAAUUUUUAAAAAGAAAAAGGGAAGAAUAAACAUAUUUUGUGACCUCCAAAAUCAUAAUCUGGGCUGGUUGGAGGGGAGUGACUGUGAUGUCAUGUGAGAGCUGGGUUGAGCCCCGUCAGCACAGAGAAGAGCCAGGUGCUGGACAGAGACAGGACACACAGCAUGUCCGUGGAGACUCACAGCAGACGAUGGGCGACCAGGGCCAAUCAGACGAGGAGCUGAAUGCUGGGGUCCAGGUCACGGUGCAACAACAUGCGAAUGAAGCUGGAAUGGAGGAGAAGGAGAAGAACAAGGAGACACAGAGAAGGAGGCGGGUCACUCACAGAGUUAAAUAUACAGAUGGAGCCCUGCCAGCAUCAGUGAGCAUCUCAGUUGUUGAGAGGGACAGAGACAAGCGGACUGAAGAUCCAAGGGGCCCUGGACCUUUCUUCUAUUUUGGGGGAAGCAAUGGGGCGUCCAUAGUUGUAUCAUAUUGUGAGAGUCGAGGCUGGCAGCGCAUAUAUGACAAGACCAGGACGGACUACAAGCUGAAGUGGUGUGAAACUAAAUCACCUGCAGCCUACUACAGCUUCAGAGCAGGUGGCCAGUUGAUUUACCAGAUACCCAAUAAUAAGGUCCUGACCACUAAGAUAGGCCUUCUGAACAGCCUGCGGGAGUAUGACCGAGUCAGCAGCAAGGUCAACUAUGGACGGGGAAACAGGAGGAUGAGGCUGGAGAAUUUUUUUCCUGUCACUUUUCGUAUGGAUAUGAAAGAUGAAAGACAGGCUUUCUUUAAUGGAAUAUGUAAUGAUAAAUCCAGCAUGUGGAUCUGCAAGCCGACAGGUCUUAACCAAGGCCGUGGUAUUUUUCUACUACGGACACCAGAAGAAAUAACCGCAUUCAGAGAACGACUGCAGAACACAAUAGAGCAACAGUCCAACAGGAAGUCACCUUUCAAUGUGCCACAAGCUCGGAUUGUUCAACAGUACAUCCAGAAUCCUUUGCUACUAAAAGGCCGGAAAUUUGAUGUGCGGUCAUAUUUUCUGAUUGCUUGCACCUCGCCAUACAUGGUGUUUUUUCGUCAUGGUUACAUCCGACUGACAUGUAACCUUUACGACCCAAACUCAGACAACAUCACAGCCCACCUGACCAAUCAAUACAUGCAAAAGAAAAAUCCUCUCUACAGUCUGCUAAAAGAGGAGACCGUUUGGUCCAUGGAGCGCUUCAAUGCAUACAUCAAUGAGACGUACAUGCUGCAGAAGGGACUGCCUAAAGAUUGGGCUCUUGGUGCUUUUGCAAAAAGGAUGCAACAUAUUAUCAUGCAGUGCUUUCAAGCUGUCAAAGCCAAGCUGGACUGCAAACUUGGUUACUUUGACCUAAUUGGUUGUGACUUCUUGAUUGAUGAAGAUUUCAAGGUCUGGUUGCUCGAGAUGAAUUGUAACCCUGCCCUGCACACUAACUGUGAAGUACUGAAAGAUGUCAUACCACAGACAGUCACCGAGGCACUUGACCUUACUUUGGAAAUCUUCAGUAAGUCUUGCUGUGGACUAAAAAUGCUGCCCCUAAACAGUCAAAGAGAUUUUCUAUUGCUGUAUAGCAGUGAGACUGUGACCAUAACCAAACAGAGACAUAAAACCACCUGGCCCUUCUCAACACUUCACCCAAAGAGCAGCUCCACCCACAUAAACACCAACAAAACCGCAGCCAAUGCAACACAAACGGGGAAAUCCACCAAUAGAACCAGAAAAUAUUCUGAAACUCAAGCCAAAUAUCCGGUCUCUUCCACCACCGUCCUCUCCUCCUCUACUUUAUCCAAUACCAUCCCACCUUCACUGCAAACUGUGGGGUUACCCGUGAAAGAAACCCAGAAACUUCUGAUAUCUAAAGGUCAAGAAACAAAUCAGCCUCGACCACGCCAGUCCAAACCCCUGCGUUCUCGUGUUGAGCUUCAGCUUAGCAAGUGCACCUGGCAACAUCCUGCAGCGGUAUCCAGUCUCACCGUGCCUCCACAACCGGUAAGAAGUGCUAUCAGGUCAUUGUCUACACCAGCUCUGAGCAAAGGCUCAAACUCCACACAAAGACUUGGAACUCAAGGUUCCCAGACAGACAAAAUGAAGCAGAUGAGCUGCAACCAUACUCCCUUCACACUGUGGGGACAGAAAUGAAACAGAACAAAGAAAAGGAACAGGAAGACAAUGGAUGACUGAUGAUAAAAAUAGUCCAACUGUUGUUAUAAGGGCUUUUUUCAGAAUGUUGAAUUUGUUUCCGUUUAUGACUAAUGUUUUAAUUUUAUUAAGUUUAACAUGACUUUAAAAAAGUAUGUUUUACUAAUAAACAUAUCUGUAUAUUUAUUAUUACCUAGGCCACUUAUAUAUCUAAAUAAUAUCUAGUUUCAUACCGGAUUCAUACCUUUAUAGGUAAGUAAUGUCAGUAUGCACAUGGCAAAGCAAAAACUACUUUCAGAAAUUAUGCAUUGCAUAAGUAUUCAUACCCUUAGUACCUUUCGGCAGCAUUUGGCAAUUAUCUGGCAUUCCUAUCCUCAACUCUUCAACUCUCAAGCUCUGUCAGGUUGGAUUGAAAUUUUCACAGAGUUGUAUAUAAGCCACUCUUUCUGUGUGCUUAAAGUCAUUGUCCUGUUGGAAGGUGAAGCUUCUGCCCAGUCUGAGCUUCUGAAUGCUCUGGACUGGGUUUUCAUUAAUGCCAUCUUAAUAUUUUGGUGCAGUGAUCCUUUCUUCUACUCUGGCUUCAAUACAUUUGCAAAGAUGUUAAAAACUGUUUUGUGUUUUUUUGCUUUGCCAUUAUCGUGUAUUGGUUGUAUAUUGAUAAAAAGUAGUUUUAAAGCAGUUCAACAUAAUGCAGCAACAUAACAAAUUGUGCAAAAAAGGAAGGGAUACUGAAUGAAUACUUUUGCAAGGCACUGAAUGUAUACCUCAUACUCAUGUAUAUCUUUUUUUAUAAUUAUUAUUUAUUUAUUCCUGUGGUGGCAGAAUUGAAUUUUCAGCAGCCAUUACUACAGCCCCCUUGAGCAGUCAAGAAAUCGUGCUAAAUACUGAUAAAAGUAACUAUUAUCAGUGCUUAAAUCGGUCGUGCUGCUUCAUAUUUUAUGUAAACUGUGAUACUAUGUUUUGUUUUGUUUUUCAGGAUUCUCUGAUGAAUACAAAGCUCAAAAGAACAUUUAUACAUGGCACAAACACAUUUACUUGAAAUAAUUUCUUUGUAACAUUGUCAUUUUGGUCAGUUCAGUGUGUCCUUUAUAAACAUAUUUUUUUUGGUGGUAGGGGGAGGGUGUGAGAUUAUAUCUUAUCUUACAUCUCACAAUCAAAUAAAAUGCUUCUACUCGUCAUCAUCAAUUAUUUAUUUUUCACCAAAUUACCGU